UCUUCACUACUCUCUCUUCCUCUCUCUCUCUCCAAAUAAUUCACAACUUUCUCGCUCUUUCUUUUUUGUUUUCUUGGAAUCCAAACAGAACUGGCCACUUAUUUAUGUUUUUUUCUCUCUGAAAUACAGAAAAGCAGAAUCAGUCUACUUGCAUAUGUUGGUUUUAUUUGCUAAUUAAUCAGUGAGUCCUGACUCCAAACUUUAUAUCUGUCGAGUGAGUGGCCUGGAUUCUUCUUUUUCUCGCUGUUCGUCUUUUGGUUUUGCAAGUUUUAUGUUCACAUCGCAUCACUCGCUCGCUUCGCACGGGAGAGAUGGAGACCCGGCUUCCUAUUUCCUCUCUCAUAAUAUUCUUUGUUCUUCUUCUAAUGGAUGGUUCCUAUGCUCAGAUGCCUGGUUUUGUGAGUCUGGACUGUGGGGGUAAUGAAAGUUUCACUGAUCUACUCGGACUUGAGUGGACUCCAGAUAGUAUUGUUUAUGGGGAAACAGCUACCGUAUCUGUUGCAAAUGAGACAAGGAAGCAGUAUAUGACACUAAGACAUUUUCCUGCAGAUUCAAGGAAGUAUUGUUAUACUCUAAAUGUCACUAGUAGGACACGCUAUCUUAUAAGGGCAUCAUUCUUGUAUGCUGACUUUGACAAGAACAAUGUUUAUCCCAAAUUUGACAUUUCACUUGGGCCCACUUACUGGUCUACAAUUGUCAUCUCAGAUGCUGAUGUGAUGGAGGUUCGCGAGCUUAUAUUUCUAGCAUUGAGUCCCACUAUCAGUGUGUGCUUAUCCAAUGCUACAACUGGGCAGCCAUUCAUAUCGACGCUUGAACUCCGACAGUUCAAUGGUUCAGUUUAUUACACAGACUAUGAAAACCAGUUCUACCUAGGUGUUUCUGCAAGAAUAAAUUUUGGUGCUGAUAGCGAUGAACCGGUCAGGUAUCCUGAUGAUCCAUUUGACAGAUUAUGGGAAUCAGAUACUGUCAAGAAAGCAAAUUACCUAGUUGAUGUUGCUUCUGGCACCGAGAUAGUGUCAACUACUAUGCCAAUAGAUGUUUACAAGCGUGACUGGCCGCCUCAAAAAGUUAUGCAGACUGCUGUAAUUGGAACAAAUGGAUCGUUAUCUUAUCGAUUGAACUUAGAUGGUUUCCCUGGUUUUGGAUGGGCACGCACAUACUUUGCUGAAAUUGAAGAUUUGGCUUUAGAUGAGUCCAGGAAAUUCAGGUUGAUAGAGCCAGAUCAGUCUGAUAUGAGCAAACCUAUUGUAAAUGUCCAAGAAAAUGCUCACGGAAAAUAUAUCCUCUAUGAGCCUGGAUAUGACAACUUGUCCCUCCCUUUUGUAUUAUCAUUUAAAUUCGUGAAGACUAAAGAUUCUCCCAGGGGGCCUAUCUUGAAUGCUAUGGAGAUAAGCAAGUAUAUUGACAAAAAUCAUGGUUCCUUGGAUGGUGAAGUUAUUGCCAGUUUUAUUUCACUCUACUCAUCAGCAGACUGGGCGCAGGAGGGCGGUGACCCAUGCCUGCCAGUGCCGUGGUCCUGGGUUCAAUGUAACUCAGAUGUGCAACCAACGAUAGUUAAAAUCUCCUUGUCUAGUAAGAAUUUGACAGGGAUUAUACCUUCAGAGUUGACAAAGUUGACCGGUUUGGUUGAGUUAUGGCUUGAUGGGAAUUCAUUGACUGGUUCAAUUCCUGAUUUUACUGGAUGCACCAACCUGAAGAUCAUUCAUCUCGAGAACAAUAAGUUAACGGGUGAAUUGCCUUCCUCUCUUACAAACUUACCAAAUUUGAGGGAACUGUAUUUGCAAAAUAAUCUGUUUGUUGGAACGGUACCUUCAGGUCUUCUCGAUAAAAACUUGAUAUUGAACUAUUCUGGAAACAGUAAUCUUCAUGAAGGGGCCAGAAGUGGGAAGCAUACUAAUAUAAUUGUUGGUGCAUCAGUGGGAGCUGCUGUUCUGCUGAUAGCCACGAUUUCCUCUUGCCUAUUCCUUCACAAGGGCAAGAAACGCCAUUUUGAUCAAGAGCAACUUAAAGGUUCCAUUCCUCUCCAACGGCUGGUGUCUGUAUUAAGUGAUGCUCCUGCAGAAGCUGCUCAUCUCUUUACAUUAGCUGAGAUUGAAGAAGCUACCAAGAAGUUUGAGAAGAAGAUUGGCUCGGGAGGUUUUGGAGUUGUGUACUAUGGGAAAAUGAAAGAUGGGAAGGAAAUUGCGGUCAAGGUUCUUAUAAAUAAUUCCUAUCAGGGAAAGCGAGAGUUUUCAAAUGAGGUGACACUUCUUUCAAGGAUACAUCACAGGAACCUGGUACAGUUUCUUGGGUAUUGCCAAGAAGAAGGAAGAAGCAUGCUUAUAUAUGAAUUCAUGCACAAUGGAACUCUUAAGGAACAUUUAUAUGGCCCCUUAACACAGGAGCAGAGUAUUAGCUGGAUCAAGCGACUUGAGAUUGCUGAAGAUGCUGCAAAAGGGAUUGAAUACCUUCAUACAGGCUGCAUUCCAGCUAUUAUUCAUAGGGACUUAAAAACCAGCAAUAUCCUUCUUGACAAACAAAUGAGCGCCAAAGUGUCAGAUUUUGGCCUUUCCAAACUUGCAGUAGAUGGAGCUUCCCACGUCUCAAGCAUAGUUCGGGGCACUGUAGGCUAUCUGGAUCCCGAGUAUUAUAUCUCUCAGCAGUUAACAGACAAGAGUGAUGUCUAUAGUUUUGGUGUCAUCCUUCUUGAGUUGAUGUCUGGACAAGAAGCCAUAUCUAAUGAAAGCUUUGGUGCUAAUUGCCGUAAUAUUGUUCAAUGGGCGAAGUUGCACAUUGAAAAUGGGGAUAUUCAAGGGAUCAUUGAUCCUUCACUUCGUGAUGAAUAUGACAUCCAGUCAAUGUGGAAGAUAGCGGAGAAAGCUUUGAUGUGCGUCCAACCACAUGGACACAUGAGGCCAUCAAUUUCGGAAGUUCUUAAAGAGAUCCAAGAUGCUAUCUUAAUUGAAAGGGAAGUCAUGGGAGUGAGAGAAGGCAACUCUGAUGAGAUGUCUAGAAAUUCUGUUCAUUCUUCCCUCAACUUGGGUUCCCUUGAUAUGGGUGGAACUGAGAAUUACCUCACGCUGGAUGAGUCCAUUGCGCGACCAACUCCCCGAUAGUUCUUGCUUUUCAGUCUGCACAGGCUCAUAUUCUUUCUUGUUUCCUUUGUUUUUCCUUUUAGAUUCUCCUUAGUAUUCCAUAUUCUUUAUAUAUGUAGAAAUACACUGUUGGAGGUCCUGAAGAGGGGAAAAAAGUCAAGAACUUGUAAAUUUUCUGUGCUUUGUUUAUGCUUAUUUCAUUUUGAUUGUCUGCUUCGACUUAUAUGUAAAUUCCUGAUAUAUUUGCAUAAUGGAAAGCUUGUCCCAAAAAAUGGGUAAAUUGUGA